CAUUUUCCGCAAAUUUCGCCUAGGACCAUUUAUUGUACUGUGAUUGUGAUUGUUAGUUUUCUCUUAAAAUCAUUACAAAUAACAAUUGUUAGUUUGGACACUUCUGUUUUCAACAUAUUGAUGAAACUGAUAUACUGAAAUCAUAACAUUCCUUAAACUUGUGUAAAAUGUCUGACACAAGUGACUUGGACCGUCAAAUAGAACAACUUAAAAGAUGUGAGAUUAUAAUGGAGGGAGAGGUUAAAGCACUAUGUGCGAAGGCCCGCGAGAUACUUGUUGAAGAAAGUAAUGUUCAACGUGUCGAUGCUCCAGUUACGGUUUGUGGAGACAUUCAUGGCCAAUUCUAUGAUCUCAAAGAACUAUUUAAAGUUGGAGGUGAUGUUCCAGCUACUAAUUAUUUGUUUAUGGGAGAUUUUGUGGACAGAGGAUUCUAUUCUGUUGAAACCUUUUUAUUACUUUUAGCUCUAAAGGUUCGUUAUCCAGACCGCAUUACUUUAAUUAGGGGAAAUCAUGAAUCAAGACAAAUCACACAAGUGUAUGGCUUUUAUGAUGAAUGUUUAAGGAAAUAUGGUUCUAUAACAGUAUGGAGGUACUGCACAGAAAUAUUUGACUACCUGUCACUGUCGGCUAUUAUAGAUGGUAGGAUAUUCUGCGUACAUGGUGGACUCAGCCCAUCUAUACAAACUCUGGACCAAAUUCGUACUAUAGACCGCAAGCAGGAAGUACCGCAUGACGGACCCAUGUGUGACCUUUUGUGGAGUGACCCUGAAGACACCCAAGGUUGGGGCGUUUCCCCGAGAGGUGCCGGUUACUUGUUUGGAUCUGAUGUUGUCGCACAGUUUAAUGUUUCUAAUGACAUAGAUAUGAUAUGCCGUGCCCACCAACUUGUGAUGGAAGGUUACAAAUGGCAUUUCAAUGAAACUGUUCUUACUGUAUGGUCUGCUCCAAAUUAUUGUUAUAGAUGCGGCAACGUAGCGGCAAUAUUAGAACUGAAUGAGAAUCUACAACGUGAUUUCACAAUAUUCGAAGCCGCUCCUCAAGAAUCGCGCGGCGUUCCCUCAAAGAAACCACAAGCCGACUACUUUUUAUAAUGGUUUCGUUAUGGUUUUGAACGAGGUAUGCCCGUAUGCUUCUUAUUGCACUAAAUAUUACAACUGCGUAAUCAAAUCAUAAGCAUUUCUUAUCAGAUUAAAAAUUUUAAGGAAAUCAAUUUUCUCAAAUUAGCUUUUGAAAAUCAUUUCUUUAUUAAAUUUGAAAGCAUAACAAUGUCUAUGGUUUAUGCGAGUUCAGCAUAUGACCAAUAUAAACCCAAAAGCACUUUAAUUCCAACUUUGGCAAAAGAAUAAAGUAGUAUUCAUGUCCCAUUGUAUGACAAUGAUUCAUAUAUUAAUAGAACCUUAUAUUUUACUAAAACCUAUAUGUUGGUCACUCCCACUAAACUUGUGUUUAAUAAUAAACUUAAACUUUCUUCACCAUAUAACCAAUAUUUACCUCAUAUCUAACCGUAUUUUCAUUUAUAUUCUAAUAAAAAGGUUUACACUUUACUUACUCUGAAGUUAGGCACUUUAAUUUAUUAUGAUAACAUUGACCUUUUUAAAAACUUGUCUAUUAAAACGCUUUUAAUUAUCUAGUGUUGCUAGCAACUACUGCGAUGACAUUUAUGAUAUCCUAAAACACAUUUUGACCUGAUAAUAGUUUCUUAAACAAAAUUGUAGCAUUCAAUAUUGUAUUUAUAUUUGGUACAAAUAACUAGUUUUGUUAUAAACGAUGAACUGACUGAAACGAGCAUACCUUAUUUAAUAGCUGUUGUGAGUUUUUGAAGUGUUGUUUUGUGAUUUUAAGACUGCCAGGUGUAAUUUGAAUUAUCUUUAAGCUGAUUAAUUUUGACGGCUGUCUACAAAUAUGUAUAAUUUUUACAUCAAAUGUGGUGUGUCAUUAUAAUUUAUGUACUUUUAGUAAUAGUUAAGAGUUGAAAAGAAAGUUUGCAAGUAACUGAAUUUAAAUAAACUUAAUUUGUUAUGUCCAAUUGCUAUUCACUAUCCCUCUCAAUCAAGAACAUGCUAUAAGCCUUGAAACUAAUCUUUUUGUUUAAUCCAGUUUCUAGUAUUAUAUCAUAGAAUUCCUUUUUUUCGAAAAUCAAGACAAUGUUUAAAAUUUUUGAAUAAUAAAUUAUUACUAUCUAGAAGAAAAGCAGUUCACUUUUCUGAAUUUGACUGAUGUCUCAACAAAUGUAACAGAACAUAAUGUUUUAAGUUCAACUCAAAUAGUGACUUAGUCAAAAUGUUUUUUUAUUCUCUCCAUACAUUGAAAAUAUUUUCAACUGUUUUCACUAUUACACGCAAGAAGAAAUAUUCGAAACGGUUUCGUCAUAAGUUCGUUAAUUUGAAGCUUCUCAUAAGUGCAAACUAAUACCUCAAAAUGUUAUAUUGGACAAAAAUAAAUCGGCCAAUUGAUUACACUUUUUCGAUUUGUACUAAGAAAGUGGGUAUUGUCUGGAUAUUUAUUGAAAAUGGUUUGAAAGUGGUUUUAAAUAAGUAGAAAUGACAAAAAAUGGUAAUGCUAUUAUACUUGGAUUGUAUUUGUGAAUGACUUGUUUUUAAUAAAAAUGAUGCUUGUUGAGUACUGUUCGAUUAAUUAACUGUUUAAAGAAGAAUGGACGUUAAAUAGAGAAACAAAACGGCUGACUGAUGGAAAAUAAAAUACAUAGAUAAAUGUAUAGCUACAGAAGUUGUCAAACAGAACUCGUCAGUUUCUAAUUUACAGCAUCCCACUGAGAUCUACGGGCUUCGAUAUAAUCUUAAAAAUGUGUUAAACUCAAUUAUAGUUAGAUUUCAUGUUGUAUAAGACUUUAGUGUUACGAUACUAAAAUCACUGCCAGACGCAGGCUCCAUAAAAUAAUGUAAGACUAGUAUUCUGUAAUUACUAAAUUAGAAAUUCACGUUUUAUAUUCUUGUCUUCUUAUUCAAGAUUACAAAUAAUUAACCUAUAAAAAUGUAAUAUACAAAGUAAUUUUACAAUUUCGAUGAGUACCUAUAGUACUCUUUUUUUAAGGUCCAAUUAAACUGAAAAUGUAUAUUCACAUUUUUACAGUAUUGUUAUUUGUGAAUCCAAUAUAUCUUAUAUUUACAAUAUUAUUUUCUAAAUUCGGCUGAUUUUAAGUUGUGUAAUCGAUGCUUAAUAAAAAUAAGGCUGAGAAAAUAUUGUAUAUAGGUUACUACUGAAAUGACAAGUACUAAGUUAUAUUUUUCAUACACCUUGCAGACAUUGGCAUUUUAAACUGUCAAAAAGAGCAGUAGGUUCACUGUUACCACUUUAAUUGAUUCUAUAUUAAAAUACAUUAAACAUACAGAGAAAAGCUUUGCAUCAAUCUCUUUCAUUCAAAAAAAAUGGCAUCAUCUGUCACCUUUAUUUAAGGAAAACACGCCUAAUUAAGCACUCAAGU